AUGGCAUCAACAGCCACAUUGACAGCUACAGAUUCGCGCACAAAUAAACACCAUUCUCACUACUACUCCACUACCACGACUACAACUUCAACUUCUUCAUCACCAACCCAGCAAAUUUCAAAAACAAAAAUACGAAAUCCAACUUCUAGUACUGGGGGAUCUUGGAAUAAUAUUCCGGUCGAUUUGGAUGAUCCUGGUUCAUACAGUUAUCACCCAACAGCUGCGAUGGUAGAAGCUGCAAAAAUUGACUACGCAAACAGACUGUUUAAGUACACGUUUAAGAAAUUGUGUCGUACUGUACAUAAUAUGAAGAAUAAUGGUAACAAUAAGACAACAACUAUUACUAAUGGAACUACUACAAGAAGAAACGCGGGACGCGAAUCUACAUCUAUCGAUGCUGCUGCUGUCUCGAGCAGAGCCUUUGCGGAAACGCUCAACUCAAGUGAGAAUUAA